UCAGAAGGCGUGAUGCGUAGGUGAAUAAGACACUCACUCACGAGGACCUCCAACAGCAGGAAACAUGCUAUAACCACGACCCUCCCUACACCUUCAUUCAACACCACCAACAUGGCUGUCCUCAUCACCCUGCUGUCCGUCUUGCUGGGCCUGGCUGUGUUGACGCGUCUGUUUCCCUACGCUUUCCGCUUGCUAGGUCGAACAAUAGGGAACUCGAUCCGAAGCAAAACACUUCACCGCAGAGAAAUCCUCCUCACUCGUGCCGUCGCCGAAGAGACCGACCAGAAGUCCACCACCACCAAACCCACCGCCUCCUCCGCAUCCCUCGAUUCCGACUGGGAGAAGGUCUCCUCGAACGGCACGCAGACGCCAAAGUCCUCCCCUACAACAACAUCCUCCGACUCAUCCUACUCCGGCGUCAUCGCCUUCUUCCAUCCCUUCUGCAACGCCGGCGGAGGCGGAGAACGUGUCCUCUUCGCCGCCAUCCUCGCAACCCAACAACGAUACCCGAACGCCCUCUGUGUCGUCUACACCGGCGACCACGAUGCCAGCCGCGAUCAGAUCCUCGCCAACGCCCGCAAUCGAUUCAACAUCCACCUACAACCCUCCCGUGUGGUAUUCCUCUACCUGACAACUCGAGAAUGGGUUCUCGCAUCAAAAUGGCCGCGAUUCACACUGCUGGGACAAAGCAUAGGCAGUCUCAUCCUCGGAUGGGAUGCCUUCACACUGCUCGCACCGGACAUCAUGAUCGAUACUAUGGGUUAUGCCUUUGUGCUCGCAUUGAGUAAAUGGCUGUUCCCCAGCGUCCCUACAGCAGCCUACGUUCACUACCCAACCAUCAGCACCGACAUGCUGCAAUCCCUCAACUCCACCGACGGAUCUCAAGGCCUCAACGCCGGCUCAGGCAAAGGCUUCCGCGGUCUAGCCAAACAAUUCUACUGGCAGAAAUUCGCAUCCCUCUACUCCUGGGUCGGCGGCAGCGUGGACAUCGUCAUGACCAACUCCUCCUGGACGCAGUCCCACAUCUCCACCCUCUGGAAGCCCUCUCGAGCUUCUCAGCAACCCUCCCCACGCCCCAUCACAGUUGUCUACCCACCCUGCGCUGUCGCCGAGCUCCAAGAGAAAAUCCCCGUCACACUAGAAAACGAGAAAGACCGCCAACCCCACAUCCUCUACAUCGCCCAAUUUCGCCCGGAGAAAAUGCAUACGACUAUCAUCGACGCCUUCCACACUUUCCUCCGCGAGCACCACUCUUCCACCCCUCCCUCCUCCCGUCCGCGAUUGAUUCUAGUGGGCAGCGUCCGCGAUGACCACGACGAGAAGAGAGUGUACAAACUCCGACUACAAGCACAAGAGGUGAAAGAUAGUGUGGACUUUGUAGUCAAUGCGAAGUGGCCGCAGAUAUUGGAGUUCUUGAAGAGUAGCAAAGUGGGCGUCAAUGGCAUGUGGAAUGAACAUUUCGGGAUAGGAGUGGUGGAGUAUCAGGCUGCCGGGUUGGUGGCGGUGGUGAAUGAUAGUGGAGGACCGAAGGCGGAUAUUGUUGUGGAGGUUGAUGGUGGGAGAACGGGUUUCCACGCGACCACGCCGAAGGAAUUUGCGGAUGGAUUCGCGCAGGCGCUUGCGUUGAAGGAUGAGGAGGCUUAUGCGAUGCGGUGUCGAGCGAGGAAAAGCAGUUGGCGAUUCUCAGAAGAGGUCUUCAUCGAAGCUUGGACCAAGGAGUUGGUCGGCUUGGUUCAUCUGACUAAUGAGGAUGGACAAAGGAAAGACAUCUAG